AUGGGGAACGAGAAGAUUCUCUGUGUAGCGGAUCUUGAAGCAGCAGCUUCAAAGAUACUUCCAUCUUCGACUCGAGAUUUCUUCAAUUCUGGCGCAACAAACCAGGUCACCGUUCGUGAGAAUACAACGGCGUACAACAAGUAUCGCAUUCUGGCUCGUGUCUUGAAGGAUGUCUCCAAAGUCAACACCAAGAUCAGUGUAUUCAAUCGAGAUAUCACGUUUCCUCUAUGCGUAUCUCCUGCAGGGCUCCAAGGCAUGGCCCAUCCAGAUGGAGAGCUAGCAACAAGUCGAGCUUGUGCCAGUAUGGGCAUUAACAUGGGUAUUUCCUCUUAUGCUAACCACUCGGUUGAACAAAUCACAUCAGCCGGGACAGAGAUCGGGCCUAUUCAUCAUGUCAUGCAACUCUACUCCAUGACUGACCGUGAGAAAGAGGCUCGAAUUGUUCGCCGGGCAGAAGCCUCUGGGUGCAAAGCAAUAUUCCUGACUGCCGAUAGUCCAGUACUAGGUGUUCGGUAUAAUGAAUGGAGAAAUGGCUUUCAACCCCCGCCGGGACUAGGGUAUCCGAUGAUUGAGAAGACAUCGGACCAGAUUCAACAGGAAUCGCACGAUGAUGGAUUCAGUUCCUUCAACUCGGACUCGCAUUCUUGGGCAAGAGAGAUUCCAUGGCUUCGUAGCAUCACGAAGAUGGAAAUUUGGAUCAAAGGGGUGCUGACGUCUGAAGAUGUGGAGACGGCGAUCGAAUAUGGCUGCGACGGUGUGAUUAUUAGCAACCAUGGGGGACGACAGCUGGAUGAGACGCCUGCAACUAUUGAUGUUCUUCCUGCAUGUGCAAAGGCUGCUAGAGGUCGAAUUCGAAUUCAUAUCGAUGGAGGUAUCAGGUCUGGUACCGAUAUAUUCAAAGCGCUGGCUCUGGGAGCGGAAUGUUGCUGGGUUGGGCGCCCUAUGCUUUGGGGAUUAGCAUACAAUGGUCAGCAAGGGGUUGAGUCAAUGCUUGAAAUCCUUUACAACGAAUUCAAACGAUCGUACCUCACGGGCUCGCAACCAUCCGAAAUGACUUCUUCGCCCGCUCCAACAAACCACAUAGCCCACACCCUCCUCGCACGCGCCCACUCCCCCGAUACCGCCUCACAACAAUUCACCGAGCGCAUCAAGCAAAAACCACUCUUCCUCCGCCCAACAUCCCCCUCCGCAGCCGACAAUCGCUCUCGUCGGCGUCACCAGCGUCUCCGAAAGAAGGAAUACUUCCUCAAACACCAGCGCCCGCAGCCCCUAUCAGCGCGCAAGAAGCGCUCUUCAGGCCUGUACGAUCUACCCAAGGAGGAAUGCAAAUAUGCCAUUUUUAAGGGACUGCAUGCGCUAUGGGUCGGGUAUAUGCAGGAGAUAUUAGACCUUAAGGUCAGGGGGCGGAGUGGCCUGGUCACGCCCGCGUCGCAUGGGGCUAAGCUGGUCAGCGCAGAUUAUCAUGGUGCGGAGGUGGAGGUUGUUCGGAGUCAAUGUGCGAGUCGUGUGGGUGUGAAGGGGGUUGUGGUGAGGGAUACGAAGUUUACGUUUGUGGUUGUUACGGAGAAGGAUGAAGUCAAGACGAUACCUAAGGAACAUACUGUCUUUCGGUUUACAGUACCCCUACCGAGCGCUGCAGAACCCCAGGUAGAGGGUCAAGGCGAGAAUCAAGGAAAGCCGACUGCGAGUGGUCCGAAACCACUGGUCUUUGAGCUACAUGGAAGCCAAUUUGAGAAUCGACCUGUUGAUCGGGCGAACAAGAAGUUCAAGUGGAGGAAUAUUGACUACGUAUAA